GCCGCAGGAGGCCUGCGAGGUCCAGGACUCUCAUUUCCUGAGUCACUUCCUGCAGUGCAUAUUACAUCAGCUCGAGCACGGGAUCGCUUAGAUCUCGAUCACGGCACAAAUCAUGAUAAAAGCCUGAGCUGAGGGCAGUACUUGUUUCAACUUCCUUCAACACGUACCAGUACCAUGGACGCUCUCAAAGCUGUAUUCGAAGCAAAAAAGGCGGAGGGAAGCCCAGCAUUAGUGACCUUCGUCACUGCCGGAUACCCAAGGACACAAGACACUGUGCCUAUCUUGCUUGCCAUGCAAGCUGGAGGGGCAGACAUCAUCGAACUCGGUGUGCCCUUUUCCGACCCCAUUGCAGAUGGCCCAGCUAUCCAAGAGACCAAUUCUGUUGCUCUUAAAAAUGACAUUGAAUACGCAACUGUACUCGGAAUGCUGCGAGAAGCUCGGGGCCAAGGAUUGACAGCGCCGGUCCUUCUUAUGGGGUAUUAUAAUCCGAUGCUCGCGUAUGGAGAGGACAAAGCAAUCCAAGACGCUCGUGAAGCUGGUGCAAACGGAUUCAUAAUGGUUGAUCUUCCACCUGAAGAGGCUAUCAACUUCCGCGACAAGUGCACCAGAGCAGACUUGUCAUAUGUUCCCCUCAUCGCGCCAUCAACGUCUUUGCAUCGCAUCGAAUUUCUUUCGUCCAUUGCUGACUCAUUCAUCUAUGUGGUGUCAAAGAUGGGCACAACUGGCUCUUCGGUCAAGGGGAAGAUUAACGCCGCCCUUCCGGAUAUCAUUGCCCGCAUCAGAGAAUACACCGCUGUCCCUUUGGCCGUCGGCUUCGGUGUUGCUACGCGCGCUCAUUUUGACGUUGUCGCCGAUGCUGGGGCAGAUGGUGUCGUUGUUGGUAGCCGUCUCGUGACCAUUAUCAAAGAGGCACCUCUCGACUCGAUACCUCAAAAUGUCGAGAACUAUUGCCUGGAGAUUAGUUUGAAGGGACAGCCUACUCGCAUGCGGUCGCUGCAAACUUCGAAGCCUUUGACGCCUUCCAAUGGUGCGUUGAAGACACCCACAGUUGCUUUACUUCCCGCACGCUUUGGUCAGUUUGGCGGACAGUACGUCCCAGAGGCACUCUUCGAUUGCUUAGUGGAACUCGAGGAAGCUCACAACUCGGCUAUCAAUGACCCCAAGUUCUGGGAGGAGUUUGAGAGCUAUUACGGAUACAUGAAUCGCCCAUCAAAGCUUUACUUUGCAGAGAGCUUGACGAAGCAUGCCGGCGGCGCCCAAAUCUGGCUGAAGCGCGAAGAUUUCAUCCACGUGACAUUUCAUCAGAUCUUGCUCGCUCGUCGUCUAGGCAAGAAACGCAUCAUUGCCGAGACAGGUGCUGGACAACACGGUGUCGCAACUGCCACUGUGUGUGCUCGCUUUGGCUUGGAGUGUGUCGUUUACAUGGGUGCAGAGGAUGUUCGUCGCCAAGCCUUGAAUGUCUUCCGAAUGAACAUGCUUGGUGCAACAGUUAUACCCGUUGAGUCAGGUUCUCGUACUUUGAAGGAUGCAGUCAACGAAGCUAUGCGAGACUGGGUGACCAACCUUUCAACCACACACUAUCUUGUCGGCUCCUGCAUCGGUCCACACCCUUUCCCAACGAUCGUGCGCGAUUUUCAAAAGGUCAUCGGGCAAGAGAUCAAAUCUCAGCUGAAAGAGGCCAAAGGAAAACUCCCAGAUGUCAUCGUCGCGUGCGUCGGCGGUGGGAGCAAUGCCAUUGGAACCUUCUAUGAUUUCAUUCCCGACAAGAACGUGAGGCUUGUGGGUGUAGAGGCUGGCGGUGAAGGUUUGGAUGGCGAUAGGCACAGUGCAACCCUGACGAAAGGACAGCCCGGCGUGCUUCAUGGUGUGAGAACAUACAUCCUGCAGUCGACGGCUGGUCAAAUCAUCGAGACGCAUUCGGUUAGCGCAGGUCUUGAUUAUCCUGGUGUCGGGCCAGAACAUUCUUGGCUCAAGGACUCUGGCAGAGCAGAGUAUGUUGCUGCGACAGACGAGGAGGCCCUCAGAGGCUUCCGACUUUGCACACAGCUUGAGGGAAUCAUUCCUGCUCUUGAGUCAUCACAUGCACUCUGGGAAGGUGUCCGUCUUGCCAAAACGCUGCCAAAAGAAACUGAUCUUGUCAUUUGCCUCUCCGGGAGAGGCGACAAGGAUGUAGAACAGAUAUCGGAAUUACUCCCUGGAAAAUGGGCUGACAAGCUUGACUGGCACAUUUGAGAAAACAGACUUGCUCAUGGCCUCUCAAUAAUGGAUUAUCUAUGCGCGUGGUUUCCGUAUGAGUAAAGAAAAUUUGGGGCGGAUAGUUGGGCGGCUAGCUUGUUCCAAGUUACUGUACUAGAAUUAGACGAUUGUAACAUGCUACUUAUGGCAGGUGCAAUAUUGGAUGACUCGCUCUAG